AUGUCGGUCACAACUCUGCCGCUGCUCUUCAUCAACCUGGGAGGAGAGAUGCUGUGCGUUGUGGAGCGGCGCCUGCGCGCGCACAACACGUCCGAGGACAAGUCGGAGACAGGAGUUUGGACAGAGACGGACAGAAAGAGAGUGAUGAGCGACAUCGUUGGAACCAUGUGCAGCAGAACCUUCAUAGAUGAACUUCUGAAGCCUCAGCAGCUGUUUUCUCACAGAACCACCAAGACGGUGCUAACACGGUUAGCACACGCCUCCAUCAUGAGGCUGAACCCGGCCAGUAUGGACAGGCUUUAUGAACUGGUGGUGAUGGCCUUCAAAUAUCAGCUGCUCCUCUGUCCUCGACCCAAAGACCUGCUGCUGGUGUCUUUCAACCACCUGGACUCCAUCAGAGGGUUUGUGCGGGACACGCCGGCGGUUUUGAACCAGGUGGACGAGGCUCACAGGAAGCUCAUGGAGGUUUACUCGACCUCCUCUGAAGGAGAGCUGCAGCUCCUGAGACAAACGCUGCUCGGCUUUGUUCAGGACCUGCACGUCCGAGUCUCACUUUUCUUAAGGAACCACAUCCAGAACCCAAACGGGCGUUUCAUCCUGCCCACUUCGGGCCCGGUGCCUCACGGGGUGCAGGUUCCAGGACUCAUCAGAACCUUUGACGAGAAGGACAGAGAAGUGAGUCGGACUGAGUUUCAGAGCGGAGGACGUCUCAGCAGAGCCGUUCCAGAAGGAUCCUUUGAGCUGAGCGGGGACAGAGUCCUCACACUGGGCUCCAACAUGUACGCUGCAGACCGCCCACCGGAGACGCACUCGUCCACAACACCUGGUGUUCAGCUUGAUGUCACUCCCAACCUGUUGGCCAAAGAGGAGCUGAACCAGCUGGCCCGUCUCAUGGGCAGCAUGAAGACCCAGAACCUUCCCAAAGGAGAAACUGGCUUCAGGAUCAACCUGUUCCCUGCAGACCAGGAGGAGGGGGAGGAGGAAGGAGCUGCAGGUGGAGCCCAGAAGUCCUGCUUCAAAGUGAUCAGCAUUCAGGCCGUGCAGGACCAACAGACGACCUCCGAACUCACUCGAAUCGCUGAAGAGUUUGCAGACGGACAGAAGAUUCCUGACAAUCCCAGCAGCAGUAAAGGAGACGACCUGCUGGCCCUCAUGGAUGACCUCUGA